ACCGACUCUCCUGUGUCCCUCAAGGCUAACCCCACUCCACCCCACCCCACCCCACCCCACCCUUCUCUGCCUUCUCCCUUCUCGGUCUCGGUCUUCAUCUUCGCGGAGCUGAUUGGACCUCACCGUCCCUUCUCCGGCAGUAGCGCCAAAGCCCGUCGUCGCAUUCUAUCCUCGAAGUAAGAUGGACACAGAGAAGGCCUCUCCUGCUGUGGUGAACAAACCACAGAUCACAUCAUGUCGAAAGAAGAAGAAGGAUGAUGCAACCUUUCUGGAGGAUCUGAAGGAUCACGUCGAUGAAUUUAUCAAUGCAUCCAUGGACGAGCAUAAGAGUUGUUUCAAGAAGACUGUUCAGAAGAUGUUUGGAAUGUCCAAGGUGGUUGCUGAAAGGAGUGCUGCUGCAGAGGAAGUCGAAAGCUCUCUCCCGCUUAGAACAGUAGUAUCGAAAUAGUACACUUUCACCUUUUGGUGGUUUUGUCAACAUAUGUGAUGUUCUUGUAACUGUAAUAAUCCGACAUGGUUCUCUCCGGCUUUUACGCGGCCUGGACCAUAAUGUGAGGUCAUUCGGGAAUGUAUUGAGUGAUUUUGUUCAGAAAGGAGGAUGGCCAUGGACAAAAUCCAAGCGAGCUUCUGACUUAGCUGUCUCUCAUCUCUAAUGUAAGUGACUGAAGAGGACUCCAAUUGCUAUUCCCUAUAAGCUGCCUAGCGCUUGGUAACCGGAAAGUUGAGGCAGGAUUCACCAGUGGCUCACGAACCCACAUGCUAGUUAGCGGUUCAGAUCGUCACCCUGCAGCUCUGUUACUAAUGUGAGUUUGUGAGGAUGUGGGGUCUGGUCAAUUUGAUGGACAAUUACAUUGGAUAGUAAACUGCCUGUUUUGAGUGA